UUUUAUAUCUUUGUCCUUGUGCACUGAAAUGAAGUUGUCUGCUUACUACGUAAUAUUCGCUCGUUUCAUCUGGGCCAUAAAAGGGUCUGGGACACCUUGGGAUCCUGAAACUGUGAAAGAACUCUAUGUUACGUUUCCAAAGUUUGACAGAGCAGAAUCUCCCUCUGAUUAUGACACGGUCAGCGAAAAUUACAACAGCCUAUUACAGCCAGUUGCAGAUAUAGAAGGAGCAGAAAUUAUGCAACCUAUAGGUGCGGGGAAAUGGACAAAGAGAAUCAUAAAUGACCAAAUAAUUGGCGGCAAAGAGGCAACAAAAGGUCAAUUUCCGUGGCAAGCGUUCCUCAUAAUGGACAAAUCAUUUUUGUGCGGUGGGUCUCUCAUUCUCACAGAUUGGAUCCUGACGGCGGCGCACUGUGCUUUCGGAAAUACUGAUUUUGAGGUACAUCUUGGAUUAAUAAGCCGAGAGCAAAACAAUGCCUCCCUUUCAACUACACUGACAACUUCUACAAAAUUCAUCCACGAAUACUACAACCCUGAAACACUACAAAACGAUAUCGCCCUUGUUAAAUUACCUAUAGUCGUUAAGUUGUCUGAUUUUAUCAAACUUGUGAAGCUGCCAGCAGCUUCAGCGUCUAGCACAACUUUUGAAGGCCUCUUUGCGACAGUAAGCGGAUUUGGAAAAACUAAUGAUGUCGGUGGUGCUAGCGUGAAGUUAAAUUAUGCAACCCUGAAAGUGAUAUCUAAUGCAGAGUGCCUUCAAUUUUAUGGAAGCAAUAUUAUCUCCUCAAGCAAUUUGUGCACCAGCUCUGAUGAUGGCAAAGCAACAUGCCAAGGUGAUAGCGGAGGCCCUUUGGUUUAUCAAGCUGGCAGCAACUCUUGGGUGCAAAUUGGAAUCGUAUCAUUCGGGUCGGCCGAGGGGUGUUUAUUUGGCCCAACUGGAUUUGUGAGGGUUUCCUCAUACCUUGGUUGGAUAUUGUCCUACGUUGGACCAGACGUGAGUGGGGACAUAACGUCAAUUAACACGAAUGCGGCGCCUAAAGUCACUUCAGCAAAGCCGCCGAAAAAGUCCGAUAAAAUGUUGAAAAACUGUAGAAGAUCGGACUUCAAGAGAAUGCAAAGCUGUUGCGAAAAUCCUCCCAAAGAACUGGUUCCAUUCAAUCGGCAAGAGAAAAUUUGCUCUAAUAGCAAAGCAAAAAUGUCAAUAUUCAAUGAGUACACUUUGAACAAGGGACAACACUCCAAAGUGAAUUACAGUGUAUUCUUUUAUGAUGUCGAAACGCAAGACUACAUGAGACACCAGGCUUGUUUCGUGAACUGCUACUUAUCAAAGAAGCAUGUGAUAGUUGAUGAAGAAAGAGGCACUUUAAAUUCAACAGCCUUUGUUGAGCUGCUGAUGAAAAAUCAGGUUGAUGAAAAUUGGGCUUCGAAAAUUGCAACUUCGUUCAAUGAGUGUGAAAGCCUCUUGCAGGAAUAUCAAAUACCUUAUGUUGAAUCUUUUGGAAAAUGGUGCAAUGCAACAGCAGCCGCUAUAGUUCAAUGCACUCAGUUUCAAUUACUCCAGCUAUGCGACAGCUAUAAAACUAACAAGAAUUGUGGAGCCAAAAGGAGCGCCUUUAAUUCAUGUGCAGUGACUGCGUUCAAAGGGCAGUUAAUCAAGAAUUUCAAAUAAUUGAAUGCUAAUUUUCCCCUUGAUUGAAAUAUAUUAUGCAAUGAAAAUUGGUAAAAUAUUUGAUACACCAAAGAUGAUUUUGAAC